AUGACGCGUGCCGCCCGCUUGCUCGUCGUUACUGCGCUCGGCUGUUACUCGUCGACGCUGUUCCUCUUGGCCACUCGGGUCCCCUCGCCUUUGCGUUACUUGAGCAGCUGGGAGGACUCGCUCUUCGGCGCCCUUCGCCACACUCGGACUCCUGGAGGAACUCGCCUGCUGCGUGCCUCCCUGCUGCAGCCCCACGCAGACGUCCCAACCAUUAAUGCGCGUCUAAAUGCCCUUCAGUACCUGGUUGACAACCCCGACCUCUUCUACACGCUUCAGAGCAUCUUGGGGAGGUUCCCAGACAUUGAUUGGCUUUUAUCAAUGUGCGCACAGCUUCAUAAGGAGGACACGGAGCAGCGUUGUGAGCUUCGUCUGAACUACGUAAUCUCGCUGAAGAACACCCUGGAGCUCCUGGACCCCUUGGCCAGCACCCUCGCCGACGCCACCGACCCGCUCCUUGACUCCGUCAGGCAGGUAAUUCCCCUCGAUGAAGUCUAUUUGCGAUUGACUAACCUGUAGGCCGCGUUGGUACGUGUCGACUUUAUUCAUUAU